CAAAUUUAGUGAAGCGUAUUUUAUUAAAAAUCCCUACUUUGCUUUUUUUAUAUUGCCAGUAAAAAACACGCGCAAAAUACUAAAAUAAACAUUGUAAUUAUUGAACAAUGAAACUAGUGUAAACAACGAGAAGUGCAAAUAUUAAAAACCAUGUUUUACAAAGUUUGAAAAGAUUUUAAAAAUAACGCUAUAGAAGAUAUGUUUCUAGUAUGUCUAGCACUCAUAGUUUUAUUUAUUGGAUUAUUUUUACUGUGUUAUUUAUUAAAACGUAUCUUUCACUCUAUUCGACUUUUACCAUCACCAAAAGAACAACUCAUUACUGGUCAUAAUAGGUACUUUCACGGCCGCGACCAUACUAGCACCUAUUUAAGUUUCAACGAAAAGUUUAAAGAAGAAGGUUUAUGCACACUAGAUACAUUAUAUGUGCCCAGGUAUGUUUAUCUAAUUGCUCCAGAAUUCAUUAAAAAGAUAUUUGCAGAUGGGAAACUUUUUCAAAGGCCUACUACAUUAAAAAUCUUGGCACCAUUAAUUGGAAACAGCAUGCUUGGUUCAAAUUACGAAGACCAUCAUUGGCAAAGAAAGUUAUUCAAUGGAGCAUUUACUUCACAACAGCUGAAAAAUUAUUUUCCUGCAUUUUUAAAGCAUACUAAUUUGCUAAUGAAACUUUGGUCAUAUACAUGCGAUAAAGAAAGUGGGACAAACCUAACUGUUCUGGAUGAUUUGUCUAAUCUGUCAUUCGAUAUAGUUGGUGAUGUUGGUUUUGGGUACCAAUUUAACACAAUCACUUCUCAUUCUAGUAAUGAAUUUACUUCAGCUGUUCGGAAUUUGACUAAAAUGCAAAUCAAUGCUAGUGUGUUCUCAAAAGUUUUAAUAACUUGUUUUCCAUUUUUGGUCAAAUUCUUGUUAUUGUUUGGAAAGCGUAGAAAUCUUAUACAGAUUGUUUAUAAAACUUUGAACAAGCUUAUUGAAAAACGUAAAAAAGAAAUCGACGAUGGAAUAUCAACAGAAGAUAAGGAUAUUAUCACAAUUGUCUUAAAAGAUCAACAGCAAGAAAGCAGCAAACUAACAAAUGAUUUGAUUAGAGAUAAUUUAUUAUUAUUUCUCAUAGCUGGUCAUGAAACAACUUCUACUACUAUGACUUGGUGUUUAUAUAUACUAGGCACUAACAUAGAAGUUCAAGAGAAACUUAGAGAAGAUAUCCAGAAAAACAUAUUGGAUGUAAAUAAUAUUUCUUUUGAGGAAGUUAUGAGUUUAAAAUAUUUGGAUUGUGUCGUUAAAGAAACCUUGCGCUUACAUGGACCUGCACCACUUUUAGGCAGAAGGACCAUUAGUGCAACAAAAUUUGGUGAAUAUGAAGUUCCUGCAAAUACAAUCCUACGAACUCAUGUUAGCAGUAUACACAUGAAUGAAACUAUUUAUCCAGAUCCUCAUUCAUUUAAACCUGAAAGGUUUAUGACAGGCGAAAUACCAGCAUCGUUCUAUCUUCCUUUUGGACACGGUGUUUAUAACUGCAUUGGAAAGAAUUUUGCUUUGCUUGAAAUUAAAACAUUUUUGGUCAAAGCGUUGUUGCAAUUCGAAUUUUCUGUCGAUCCUAAGAAUAUAAAUUAUACAAAGGUUAUUUGGUUAACUACGAGAACAGUUGAACCAUUGCUUAUAAGAGUAAAGCCUAUUGUAGAUUAAAAUUCAACAGAAGAAUAAACCUCAAUAAAAACUUUACAUCCCAACAUGUAUAUUAAUGAUUGUUUGAGGUUUUCAUUGGAUACUUAUCUAAAACAAAGUAAUUCAAAAGAUUCAAUGAUUGAGUUCUUUAUAAAAAAAUGAUAAUACAUAGUACAAACCUUUUUUUAAACAGUUCUCAUCGUUUGAACCUGUCUUUUUUUUUUUAAUCAGUAUUGAGGAAUUCCAUUCAUUAUAUUUGUAAGGGAUCGUCCACGAAUUACGCAACGCAAAGCUUAUUUUAAAAAUAUAAGUAGGAGAACAUUUUGCUCUUUUGAGCGGCGGCUUUUGCUGGACUUGAAGGGUUAUUUAUACAUGGAUUAACUAAAGACUCUGCGAGGGAAAACUUUUAACACUUUUUCUUUUGUCUAUUAGUUAAAUUUCGCGUUACGUAAUUUAUGGUCGAAUUUAUCGACGUAAUUUAUGGACGAUAAUUUAUGGACCUUUCUUUUUUUUACGCAGUCUGUAUUUAUGUAACUUAAAUAUAUGCUUAACUAAAUAAUAAUUGCUUCCUAAAAAUUGUUAGUUGAUAAAGUGAGAGAGAAAGUGUAGUUGUUCAAUAACCACUCUAUAAACACACGUAAGCAAUUUAUUCUUUUUAUGUUUUUUUUAUGGUAUAUGUGAGAAAAUGUUUUUUGUAAAAAAGCUUUUAUUAAGAAUUUUAUGAAUUA